AUGAACAACGAACAAUUUCGGAAGCUUUUGGGUGCUGACUCCGGCAAGGCCGCGUCGCCGGGCAAUGGUCCAGCUAAGGGCAGCGCAACCCCAGGGGGCGGCGCCCUGGGAUCCCGACAGCGAUCUAGCAUUCCCAUGACUCCGUAUGUUGCGCUUCCAACACUAUUUAUGGACUAUCGGCUGACUUUUUACACUAGACGCUCCGUUGGAGUUGGAAACAGCCGGAACGAGUUUGCGCGGCAGCUUGCCGAGAGGAACCAGGCAGGACAACCCCAGAAGAAAUUUCGCACUUCAGCCCCGAAAGGAUCUCGACUUGCAGAGGGCUACGUCGACCGAGCAAGAGACCGAACCGACAACGAAGACGACGAUCGCGCAAAAAGGAUAAAGGCGCUAGAGGAAGCGCUGAAGAACGAGGAGAUCGACCAAGCGACGUUCGAGAAGCUCAGCAGCGAAAUCGCAGGAGGAGACCUUUCGAGCACGCAUCUGAUCAAGGGAUUGGACUUCAAGCUUCUGGAGAGAGUACGGAAGGGCGAAGAUGUUUUUGGAGACGAAAAAGAUGAUGAAAAAGAAGAUGGAGCACCCCCGGAAGAGGAAGUUGACAACGCGUUCGAUGAGCUGGAGGGAACGGAGGUACAGGCUGUCGAAAAGGAAAGGGCGAAGAAGAAGGGCCAACUCGCGCCUGUGGCCCUUGCGCCAGGGAAGAAGAGAACCCGCGACCAGAUCCUGGCUGAGAUGAAGGCUGCGAGAGAGGCUGCCAAGGCUCAACAGGAGGCCGCCCUGAACAGCAAGUUCAAGAAGAUCGGUGUCAAGCAGCAGCCCGGAAGUCGCAUAGAGCGGGAUAGCAAAGGCCGCGAAGUCUUGAUCAUUGUGGAUGAAGAUGGUCACGAGAAGCGAAAAGUCCGCAAAUUGCAGCCGGGCGUCGAAGAAGAGCUGCGCAAAGAGUUCAUUCCGGACAAGGAUGCGAAGCCAUUGGGCAUGGAAGUGCCCGAGUUUUACCAAAAGCAACAGCAAGAAGUCGAAGAAGACGACAACGACGACAUCUUUGCUGACGCAGGAGACGAUUAUGACCCGCUAGCCGGAAUGGACGACAGUUCUGACGAGGAAAGUGAAGGCGAUGUCAAGGACGCAAAGGAUGCCAAGGACGAGCGUAGCCCCGACACAAUAGCGAUGCCACCGCCGCUGCGACCAACCCAAGCUCGCAACUACUUUAAGGACUCCAAGACAGACCUCAUAUCAUCGCAGACUCUGCAAGGGCCCUCCAUGUCCGACCCGGCGAUACAGGCUGCUUUCAAAAGAGCCGCACAGCUCAAGGCGGCGAACAAAGAUCAGGAGGAAGAAGCGGAAGACGGCGACGAGGAAGCCAAGGCUCGCCGGGAACGUCACAAGAGGAUGCUGCAGAGCGUCGACCGUGAUGCCGAAGACAUGGAUAUGGGCUUCGGCACCAGCAGGUUCGAAGACGAGGCAGACUUUGACGAUGCGCCGGUCAAGCUCUCGGAAUGGGGCAAUGAGGGAGAUGACGAUGACGGUCAAGGCGGCAAGAGCAAGAGGAAGAGAGGUCCUAAGAAGAGGAAAGGCGACGUCAACAAUGCAGCCGAUGUGCUGAGAGUGAUGGAGCAGCGAAAGGCAGCGGGCAAGUGA